UAUUUAGGAGUAAACUGUCAGAGGCACCGACUGGCUCGUUGUUCAAGAAAACAGAAACCAACAAUGGAGUCACUGAUUGCUGCAAACACCAACUUCUCCCUGGACCUGUUUAAGAAGAUAAGUCCGAUUAAGAAAGCGGACAACAUCUUCUACUCGCCACUCAGCAUCUCCUCUGCUCUGGCCAUGGUAUACAUGGGCGCCCGGGGCAACACAGCUACACAGAUGUCCAAGGUGCUUGGCUUUACGAAAGAAAAGACACCUGAUCUUAACCCUGGACUGCUACAGGAAGUACAAAAACCCCAGCUUCCAACGGAGUCUCUCCACUCUCACAAAGCUGACGAUGACAUUCAUGCUCUAUUCGGCAAACUGAUGUCUGAACUAAACAAAGAGGGUGCCCCGUAUGCACUGAGCCUGGCAAACCGCUUAUAUGGGGAGCAGUCCUACAAGUUUGUGGAGAAAUACAUUAUGGACACAAAGAAGUCCUAUCAGGCUGAGCUGGAGACCACCGACUUCAUAUCAAAAGCAGAGGAUGCCAGGGUGAAGAUUAACAGCUGGGUGGAGAAGCAGACUAAAGAGAAAAUCAAGAACUUGCUGUCAGAAGGGACUGUUGACAAUAUGACCAGACUAGUGUUGGUGAAUGCUAUCUAUUUCAAGGGUAAUUGGGACAAGAAAUUCAAAGAGGCAGACACAAAGGAAGUGCAAUUCAAACUGAAUAAGAAAGAAAGUAAGCCAGUGCAGAUGAUGCACCAGAAGGCCACAUUUGGUUAUGCGUUCAUUCCAGAGGUUAACUGUCAGAUUCUGGAGAUGCCCUAUGUUGGUAAAGAGCUAAGCAUGCUCAUUAUUCUGCCCCAAGAGAUUGAAGAUGACUCCACAGGGCUUGUGAGGUUGGAAACGGAGCUCACGUACGCGAAGCUCAUUCAGUGGACGCAGUCUGACAAGAUGGCGAAUCGUAAGGUAAAUGUGGCUCUGCCCAAGUUCAAGAUGGAAGAGACUUAUGACCUGAAAAAAAUUCUGGUCAGUAUGGGCAUGGAGGAUGCCUUUGAUUUGUCCAAAAGUGACUUCUCUGGCAUGUCUCCCAACAAUGAACUGGUGGUGUCCAAAGUGGUGCACAAGUCCUUUGUGGAGGUGAAUGAGGAGGGCACAGAGGCUGCUGCUGCCACUGCUGCUGUCAUGGCGGUCCGAUCUGUCAAUCGACCAGUUCAUCGUUUCAUGUUCAUCGCAGACCAUCCCUUCCUGUUCUUCAUCAGACACAACCCCACUCAGAGCAUCCUCUUCCAUGGCCGUUUCUGCUCCCCUUGCUCGACAGAUUCCAGUUUCAAACCGGAGUCUAAAGAAAAAAAGUCUGUACUGCAAUGCCAUUUGUUUUAAAAAAUGUAAUCAACUAAAUCAUGCUUCUUUACAAUAUACAGUUUCUAUUCCAUGGUAUCCCUUUUUAAGUUUAAUGCAUUUAAUUAAUUUAAUUAAUUAUAUUUUACUUACUGAGAAACUGAAAAAAAACAAGCAAUAGCCAAUAUCACAUUUCACAUUUGUGAAAAUAAAAGUAUGCUAAACUACUGUUUAGGUUGCCUUAUUAACUUGAGCUGCUCAGUCAUUGCACCAGAGGAGUAUUUGUCAUGCAAAGCCAGUUGAGGCAGAAUGCUGGUGCCCAGGCAAUCAGAGGUGACACUUAAGCAAUAAUGAUUAAGCUGCAAUCUCUGCAGCCAGUUUGGGGGAGAGUAGAAAAGCAUGCACUCUCCUCUGACGUGUAUUUGCCAGCUGACGUGUAUUUGAUGUCAAAAUGACCAUUGAACAUUUACCUAAAUUCAAUGGUGAAGGAUUAAUAUAUGCAGUGCACUCCAAAUGUGUGGUAAUAGUAGAGUGAAAGUAGUUAUUUUUGCGAUGUCCUUAAGGUACUCGUAUUUGUGAUCAAAAGAUGAAUAUGAGACAAAAAUACAGACAAUCAGCUUUAAUGUCAUGGUAUUUAC